UCCCAGUUGUCAAACAAAAGUGCAAGUCGAGGAGAAAAAUUCAUGAAAAUCCUGUGAAAAAUCCAGAGAAUUGAACUGCUGAAGGAACGAAUAGGCAUGAGGAAGUGUUCAGUGGAAGGAUGCAAUAGCUGCUCCACAGAUGUCAAGAGGAGAACUUUUCCCUUUCCUGAUGCUCCCGGAUUGAGGAAGAAGUGGUUGACCGCCAUCGGGCGUCCGGGUUGGAAGCCGGCGAAAGCCAGCCGGAUCUGUCUGCAUCACUUCACUCCUGAGGAUCUCGAGAAGUACCAUCGACUGGAUGGGAAGGUCACAAACGUCCCUCUGGCGUUGCCCAAAUUGAGUCCUGCAGCAGUGCCAUCAGUUUUCCCAGGAAAACCUCAUCCACCUGAUCAUCCUCAUGAGCCAAUACUCCUGAAACGCCCACCGAAUGACAAGCCAAACGACGAGAAGUUGUUUGAUGAGAUUUACCUUAAUUUCUCUGAUCUGGAGGUGAAGCUGGAAACAGAAGAAAAUCCUAUACAAAUCGUCGUGGACUCAAUAUCAUCCAAUGCUUUUCUCCUGUGCAGAGUCUGUGAGUCCGUUGAGGACUUGAUUGAUAUAACAUCCGAAGGAAAUGUCCAUUUUCGGGAGAAACUCCACCAAAUAUCUGGGCUUAAUGACAACCAAAGAGAUGAUCUUCUGAAAUUCAUUUGUCGUCAGUGUGGCGAGAAACUGGUUGACUUGAGUACAUUUAAGAGCCAAUGCGAGAUCACGUACAAGAAACUCCUUGGUGAGAUUACGAGGAAGGAAGAGACAUCCAAGGAUUUAAGCAGAAAAGCAGCCUCACUGAAGGAAGAAACCGCAGAUGAUGAGGAUCUCAUAGAGUUUCUCGAUCAAGAAGAGUCGGAGAGUGAAAAUCAUGGCAAUUACUGGGCUGGUGAUCAUCCUGUUGAGCCAAUGCAGGCUGAAGACACUGGCAAUGAUCAGAACCCUUCCAGUGAAGAUAAACAGAGCGACAUUCCAGAGGGUUCGUCGAAGAAGAGAGAAUACUACAAGACCAAUUACUACUGUCGCAUUUGCAAGGAGCUGCAGAAGAACAAGUAUGAGAUGGAGAGGCAUCAAAUGAAGCACAAUGGCAAGUCCCUCAAAUGUAACUUCUGCGAUGUCGAGUACUCUUGUCGCGCCAAUCUGAGGAGGCACAUAAAACAAGUUCACGAAAAACGCCGCGAUCAUAUAUGCAUGAUAUGCAAUAAGGCAUUCUCGCAGGCCAUCAACCUGAAGACUCACAUGUCUGUGCAUGAAUUGGAGCGGAAGUACGAGUGUGACACCUGCCACAAGGCGUUCAAGCACCCCAAAGGUCUCACCCUGCACAAAUACACGCACAUCCCGCCAGAAGAGCGCAGCGAGAGCGUGAAGAAGGCCCUCAUUCGGAGCCAGCGGGGCAAUCAGAAGAGGCUCUAUGUGUGUCCCAUUUGCGGAAAAACGUCCAACUACCUGACCAGGCAUCUGGAGCACAUCCGGAGUCACACGGGCGAAAAGCCCUACAAGUGCAAUCACUGCGACAAGUCAUUUGGCAAUCACAACACGCUCAGGAGCCACGUAAGGAUCCACACGGGGGAGAAGCCCUACAAGUGCGAGACGUGUGGGGCCACCUUUCGCCAGGGAAGCCACCUGAGGGGCCACAUGUUGCUCCACACCGGCGAGAAGCCCCACAAAUGCCUGGUGUGCGAGAAGGAGUUCAGGAACAAGUCCAACUUCUCCGAGCAUAUGCGAAUGCACACGGGCGAGAAGCCCAAUCACUGCCGACUCUGUCCUGAGAAGUUCAAGAAUUCCCGGCUGCUGAAGAAGCAUUGCCAGGCAGUGCACUUUGGCAUGGCGGAUCAGAGAGACGCUGAGACAGCGGAGGAAGGCAGUAAUUGAUUGUAAAGUGGCUAGAGUAAAUGAGGAUCACUGAACGAUGAAUGGAUUUAAGUAGUUUUCGGAAUAUUUUAUAUGAUUCGGUCUAAUGAAUUUAUCAUCCAGUGUUUCCAACAAACACUUUUUCACACACC